AUAAAUACAAUUUUGAAAUUCCCUGCAUAAUUAUAAUUUUGAAAAAAAAACUUUGAAUGAUUAAAUUAUUUCAUUAGAAAUGACUCAAGUACCAGUUGAUAAAUUGCUGAUGGCGCUAAGUGUUUUACUAACAUCACCCGACAACUACAUACAACUAAACUCUCAAUAUGUGAAUGUAGCCAGAUUUGGUGCUAAUGAUAAUGCAGCGGGAGUCUGCAAGUUGCAAGAAAUGAGGAACCUGAGCAGCGUCAUAGAUGCAGCGAUGGGCAAUCAAUUGGAAAUAGACGAAAGAGUGAAUAAUAUUUUGGUAGAUCUACAAACAAUUAUAAAUCGGUUAAGUACCACCGAGGUGAUUGACUGUGAGAGAUAUCGAGCCAAUGAAAUCAUCAUUAAGUUACCCAACUUGGAAACUGCUUUUACUAUGUUGAACGUGUCUAGUAUGUUUGGCGAAAAUUGGCUAUUGAUAGCUCAUCGAAAAGCUAAUAGCCAAUUGUUUUUGAAUACAAAAACAGAAUUACUUGAAAACAGUAUCGGUGAACUGAAAUCUGAAUAUUUCAUUGGCUUUGAAAAGUUGCGCGCCAUAACCGAAAGUCAUCUGUGCGAGUUGCUUUUCAUUGAGUCCCGUAAUUCAUGUGAUCUCUGGUUCUACGAUUAUUAUAAAGCUGUUGCUUUUAGUGCUGAUAAUAAAGUGAAAAUGCUUGGUAACUAUAGAACUAAUCGCUUAGAGGCAUAUAAGAACUUAACGGCCCAUUUGCAAGCGGUUAAUGAGAGAUUGGCAUUAAAAUCGGAUUCUCACGUUAGAAUAUUUUUGAGAAUAAGAUCAUUAGAUACAGAGCCUGAUCUAUUUUGAAUCAUAGUUCAGCAUUAAGUGAUGUAUUUGGUAUAUGUUUGGAGAUAAGUAAGAAUCUCAACUCUCCAAACUGAGUGUAACAUUUCAGUUUUAGUUAAAUUUCUUGUAUAUGUAUAUUAGAUUUUAUGUAA